AUGAUCAAAGACAGAUACAAAACCAUCCUGCCCAAUCCUGAAAGCCGGGUGGUCCUGAGGAGCCCGGAGGAAGAGGCGGGGCCAGAUCGCUACAUCAACGCUAACUACAUCAGGGGUUACAAAGGGGCUUCCAGGGCCUACAUCGCCACCCAGGGGCCGAUGCUGCACACUGUGGGGGACUUCUGGGACAUGGUGUGGCAGGAGAGGAGCAGCAUCAUCGUCAUGGUCACCAGACUGAAGGAGAACAACGAGAAAUGUGAGCUGUACUGGCCACAGCCGAGGGAGAGGAGGAGGAGGAGGAGUGUGAAGGAGGAGGACAAAGAGGAGCAGAGGGAGGAAGAGGAGGAGGAAGGAGAGACGGGGCACUUCGGCAGAUUCUUCCUCAGAGUGACAGACAGCCGGGAGAAAGACGGGUUCACUGUCACCGACAUGGAGAUCCAGCUGUGCUCGGAGCGUCGUCCCAUCAGACACUACUGGUUCACCUCUUGGCCUGAUCACCACAUCCCACAAUGCACCGCUCCUCUGCUGAGACUGGUGGACGAGGUGGAGACGUACAGCAAGUCCCACCUACCGCCAAGCUGUCAGCCAAUCACAGCCCCCGUCCUCGACCCUGGACCAAUCGUCGUCCACUGCAGUGCAGGUAUCGGCCGGACAGGUUGUUUUAUCGUCAGCAGCAUCGGCUGUCAGCAGCUCAGAGAAACCAGUCAGGUCGACAUCCUGGAGACUGUUUGUCAGCUUCGACUCGACAGGGGUGGUAUGAUCCAGACCACAGAGCAGUACCAGUUCCUGUACUCCACACUGGCCCAGUACAGCUGCCAGCUACAGCACAACCAGGAGCAGAACCAGAACCAGCAGAACCCAGAGGAGCAGGUCAGCAUGCAGCUUCAGAACCUCCAGCUAGACAACACACAGAAUGGGUAGAACUGAUAUCGUACAGAACCUGGAGAACCAAAAAGGCCCGGUACACACCUAAAGAAACCCAGGAGGCCUCAGAAGCAGCAGUGACCGGAGAGAUGGAAACAACAGAACUGAACGACAGCAGAUGGACACCAGCAGCCGAACCCAAAGCACUGAGCGCUCACACACGAGCCGUAUCAGAAGUGUCAGGAUCUCACAGGAAGCCCAGAAGAUGUUUUGGUCGUCAUGUUCACACUGGACUGUCACCGUAUCAGAUUUUCACUACAUGAUUCUCAAAAGAAUUCACGAUAACGAUGUUAUCACGAUAUCUACAGAAAAUUUGAAAAGAUAAAUAAACAAUA